AAUUUUUUUUUUCUUUUUUUUUUUUUUUAUGUUUACUUUCCUGCAGGUUUGGAAAUCGCCUUUUUGGACCCAUAUGGAACAGGAACAGUGUGGCCUCUGUGGUGCUCACCUUCAAGGAGCCCUUUGGCACUCAGGGCCGUGGAGGAUACUUUGAUGGUUUUGGGAUAAUUAGAGAUGUCAUGCAGAACCACCUGCUUCAGAUGCUCUGUUUGAUUGCAAUGGAGAAACCUGCAUCCACGAGCCCCGACGACGUGAGGAACGAGAAGGUGAAGGUGCUGAAGUGCAUAGCUCCUCCUAACAUGGCAGAUGUGGUGCUGGGUCAGUACGCGGGAGAUCCGGGCGGGGAGGGCGAAGCCAAGCUGGGCUACCUCGAUGAUCCCACGGUACCAAAAGGCUCCUGCACACCAACGUUUGCAACUGCAGUGCUCUACGUCCAGAAUGAAAGAUGGGAUGGGGUUCCUUUCAUUCUGCGCUGUGGUAAAGCCUUGAACGAGCGGAAAGCCGAGGUGCGUUUGCAGUUCACGGACGUACCCGGAGACAUCUUUGCUGACCGCUGUCAGAGAAACGAGUUGGUGGUCCGGGUGCAGCCGGACGAGGCUAUUUACCUGAAGAUGAUGACCAAGAGGCCUGGAGUUUUCUUCAGCCCAGAGGAGACCGAGCUGGACCUCACCUACAAGAGCAGAUACAAGGUGCUCAGCACCUUUGUUUUAAUCUAUAAUUCUGCUCCAAUUAUUGGUUCUUAAUGCACAAAAAAGGAU